CAGAUGCCACCAUUCCAGAUCCUAGUCGACAAUGUCUGAGCCACCGCGGCGCAUUGUUCUGGAGAAAUCCCGGAGCGUGCGCCGCCGGUACCAACGCAGCAACAAGCGCUUUCAGUUCACCGCGUCCCAGAUCGAACGCAUCGAACGCGAAGAAGAGCGAGAGCGUCGCGCCCAGAAGCUCCGAGAAAGGGAGAAAAAGCGACUUGCCAAGAAGAAGAAAAAGGCAGAGAAGGAAGCCAAAGUUCGGGAAGAGAGAAAGCGAUUGGGCCUCCCCGAUCCGAACGCGCCGCGCGUCCCGUCGAGUCAGCCACUGCUAGUGAACUUCCUAGCGCCUACAAAGAAGGGAUCCGCUGCAGCAGAAAACGAUGCCGGGAGUGAGGAGGCCACCGAGCUUGACAUUUCAGGAGAUACAGAGGCUGAAUUGGAUUCUAGUGUGGGAGAUGCAGAUGGGACAUUGGAGAACAAUGACUCCUCGGCUCUAGCAACCGGCGAUGGGAUUUCAAACGAUGAGGAAGAUGAGUUUUCUGAUUGCUCCAUCUUCUACGAUGAGGAGAUUAUCACAAAGGUGGAAGCAGGUGCAUUGCAUGUUCAGCAGAAUGCCGAGCAACAGCAACAAACGGUCAUCACACGAGAUGAUGAAGGGGUGAAGGAGAACCUUUCUGUCGGUGAUUCCUUUCAUGAUGAAACUGCGGUCUUCCUGGAACAGGCCUUCUCCCAUGAAUUUGACACAGAUGAUGAGUUUGAGAACGAACUGAUCAAACUGAGUGCCGUUGUGGAUGGAUGAUAACUAGUCCGGCUUACAGGUCUCUCACCACACUAAGCCACUCCGGACAAAUAUUAGAUCCCUUGCCCGACAAAAUAAGCUGCGGAGUUUUGAAGCCUUUCUGGGUGUUUAUCGUGUUUAUCGCUUCAUAUAGAGAUAUACGAUGAUUUUCGGACCACUGGCGAUUCCAGCAUUAGGUUAGCUCCGCGACGCCCUCCGCAGACCGUCCUUUUGACCCGGUUACGUUGGCCGUAUACCGAUUGGCGCAUCGUUUCUGUGGUUGGUAUAUUCGCCCUUUUCCCAUAACGAUCGUGGGAAGGAAUGGACAUCUACAUCCUCGCCUUCGAUAUCGGACGUCGACCCAUUGCUGUGCAAUUGAGGUCGCACGAGGCAUUCUCAUCCCUGGAGUGCAAUUUUGGACACCAAUGCUACCGUCCCUCCAGAAUAACGCUGGUCGGGAAAGCGACAGCUGGAUGGCUUGGAAACCGUGCGGGGGCAUCCAACGGGGGUCGUUUCCAUAGCGCCACAUUGCAUUAUGAAGAAUUUUGAGAUUGAGAACAUUUGAAAGAACCAUCCAAUUCAAUUGUAAAGAAUAGCUUCGUGACAUUCGUGGCGAAAUAAAUGUCUAACCAUGGACGGGCUCGCUGUGGAUCUCCAAUGACAUGACAAUAGAGUUUGGGGAUCAAAGAGAAUACCGUGGACGACUCGCUGGAUGGGGCAUUGCAAUAAGUAAAAUGAGAAACGGGAGUAAAUUGAAACGUUUACCUAGGCAAGUCGACUCUGGUGAAGCC